UUUGUUGAAGGCUAUAAAACAAGUGGAUCUGGUGAUAUCAACUGUUGGUGCAAUGCAAUUCCGCUGAUCAAGUUAAGAUCAUUGAUGCUAUCAAAGAAGCUGGCAAUAUUAAGGUUAAUUACUUCUUGUUUUUCGAAACGGGGUUGAACUCGAGACCUCUGGUUAAGGAUGGAGGGAUCUUAUUUAUCUGUAUGCAACAUGGGACAGAGGGGAUAAUGGAGUAUGGGGAUCUUGAUUACAGUAAUUGUUGAUGAAAAUUCUUGAAUUUAUCGAUAAACAUUUGAAUUAGAGAAUUUGGCUUAAAUCUAUGUUGCUCAGAUACUUCAAUAAUGUUGAUGGUUGCAUGUUGGAUCGUCCAAAAGUAGUGUAUUUUUGGAGGAUCCAACAUGGGUUCAGCAACAUAAUUGGAUAGUCCGAGCAACAUAGCCUCCAAUUAAGGGAGUAUUCGUCUCGUUGAUUUAAGGUUAUAAAAUGAGUUAGAUUACUAAUUGUUAACAUGGCCUAGUGGAACAUCUUGAUCUGCAUAACCAAGUGUAUGACAGAAAUAUGCAGCAAGUUCGCGUAAAUGCCUCAAAUUAGGAAGAGAUGAACGCUGUGGAGCCAAUAAAGUCUACAUUGGCUGUGAAAUCCCAAAUCCGAAGAGCUAUUGAGGCUGCAGAAAUUCCCUAUACUUAUGUCUUAUGCAACUGUUUUGCUGGUUAUUUUUUAGCAACUUUGGUCCAGCCAGGAGCCACUGCUCCUCCUCGAGACAAAGUCAUCAUUACCGGAGAUGGAAUUGUUAAGGCUGUAUUCAAUGAAGAACAUGACAUUGGCACCUACACCAUUAAGGCUGUUGAUGACCCGAGAAUGUUGAACAAGUCCCUUUACAUCAGGCCUCCCAAGAACACCUUAUCGUUCAACGAGCUUGUGGCUAUAUGGGAGAAACUGAUUGGUAAAACUCUCGAGAAAAUCUACGUUCCAGAGGAGCAAAUUCUCAAAGACAUCCAGACAUCUCCAAUGCCAAUCAAUAUCGUACUAGCAAUCAACCACUCAACAUUCGUGAAGGGUGAUCAAACCAAUUUUGAGAUUGAGCCAUCGUUUGGGGUUGAGGCCUCAGAACUUUAUCCAGAUGUUAAGUACACCACCGUGGAGGAGUACAUUGGCCACUUUGUCUAAACCACACGUUUGAUGUCUUCGAUCACUCAAAUAAACUGUUAGAUGAUCUAGUGUUAUCAGACAUUUUAUCUGGAAGUAUGAGUGCUUGUUAACUAUGUCAUCAGAGACACAUUGAAUGGUAUGUUUUAAGUCUGUUUUUUCUGUCCAUACUGAGUAGUACUAUAAUGAAACUACAGAAAACGGAAGAUACAUUCGCGUCUUUUUACUUUUUACAUUGUUGCUCUACCAUCUUGUACCAGAUUUUAAGGUGUGAUGUAAUAUGAAAGAGUCUUGUUGUCAAUAAAGAUCAAUCAAAGAGGACUCUCUACUGUUUAUAAA